AUGGUGCUUGUCUUUUGGGUUGAAGUCAAUCUUCAAUUAGAAGUAAUAAUCAUAAAUUUCACUCAAUCUCUGGCUACAACAGAUCCUUCUCAAGUGACAGCUUUGAAUGCAAUUUUCCAGAAAUGGAAAAUAUCUGCACCACCUCAAUGGAAUAUAAGUGGUGAACCAUGUAGUGGAGUGGCCAUUGACGACACUUCAUUAGAUGAUUUUGAGAUGAUGAUCAAGAAACUUCGUGCAAAGGAUGUUCUUGGUGAGAUCCCAGAAGAGCUUUGGACUUUGACAUACCUCUUCAACUUGGGAUUAGCAGCUAACUCUUUGUCUGGAGGGAUUCCAAAGGAAUUAGGACAUCUCACUGAUUUAAGUUCGUUGUCUUUAAUGGAAAACAACUUCUCUGGAUCACUUCCACCUGAGUUAGGGAGUCUGGUGAAAUUAGAACAACUCUCUGGGAUUAGUGGUGAGAUUCCUAUGACUUUUGCUAAUCUUGGAAACCUCAGGAUAGUGUGGGCGACAGAUAUCCAACUCAAAGGCAAGAUACCCGAUUUUAUAGGGAAUUGGUCCAAGCUUCAUACCCUCAAUUUAGUUGGCAACAACUUCGAAGCAGAGAAUACAGAAAGCAGUGGUAUGCCUUCAGGAUUAAGAUGCCUUCAACGUAACUUUCCUUGUAAUCAUGGCACUGGAAUCUAUUACAACUUUUCAAUCAAUUGUGGUGGUCAUGAAAUUGUAUCUUCCAAGGGAGUUGUGUAUGAAAAUGAUGUUGAGGAACUUGGUCCAGCUACAUACUUUGUGACAAACACUCAAAGGUGGGGGCAUGUAGCAGCACAAGUACACUACAAUGUCUAUGCAGAGGAUUAUUCUGGUAGCGACCCAGUAGCGUUGGUAGCUAAUCAUUUGGGUAAUUGUGUUACUGUGCAGGAACUGAAUCAAGUGCUAGAGGCUCCACUCAAUGCACUUCGCAUCCACAUUUUAAUGUUGCGGAAUGGGGUUUUGCCCGAUUGUUAUACCCUUCCCAUUGUUCUCAAGGCUGUGUGCCAAACUUUUGAAGUUAAGCUCGGGAAACAGGUUCACUCCGUUGCUGGCGAAUUUGGAAGUGCCCGAAGGGUGUUUGAUGAAAACCCUGACCCGAAGCUGGGUUCUUGGAAUGCGGUAAUUGGUGGGCUUUCCCAAUGUGGUCUUGCCCGGGAUGCGAUCAACGUGUUCCUUGAUAUGAGGAGGCGGGGAUUUGAGCUGGAUAGGUUGACCAUGAUUAGUGUGACUUCGGCUUGUGGAAAGAUUGGUGACCUCAACCUGGCUCUCGAGUUGCAUAAAUGUGUUUUUCAGGUUGAAUCUGAUCCCAACAUGUUCCAAACUGCACGACUAUCUGCCUCAUCGUUAAGAUAUUAUGGCUUGGGACUGGAAAAUGGUAACUACAAUGUGAGUCUCCAGUUUGCUGAAAGCAAAAUUUUAGAUUUUGCCACAUGGAGAAGUGUUGGGAGGCGAGUCUUUGAUGUCUACAUCCAGGGGAAUCUUGUUUUAAAGGAUUUUGAUAUACAAAGGGAAGCUGGUAAGGUGUCUUUCAAAGCCAUUGAAAUGGAAUUUAGAGCUCAAUGCUACCCCAGUAACAAGCCUCCCACCAUUGAGAAGAAAAGGAUUGGCCUGAAAGUUGGAAUAGCUCUCGGCAUUGGAGUUUUAAGCAUUUUUUCUAUUUCUGUGGUUUGUUUCAUCAGUCGAAGAAGACAUCAUGUUGAUGAAAAUGAAGAGUUCUUUGGUAUUGAAGCUAGACCAUACACUUUCAGUUACUCUGUGUUAAAGAAUUCCACCAAUAAUUUUGAUUCUUCCAAUAAGCUUGGAGAAGGUGGAUUUGGCCCUGUCUAUAAGGGGAAACUUAAUGAUGGGAGAUUGAUAGCAGUUAAGCAACUCUCUGCACAAUCUCGUCAAGGAAACACAGAGUUCAUGACUGAGAUUGCAACUAUUUCUGCAGUGCGACAUCGUAACCUCAUUAAGUUACAUGGAUGUUGCAGUCAAAAGGAUAAACGACUUUUAGUUUAUGAGUAUUUAGAAAAUGGGAGUCUUAAUAAACUACUAUUUGGAAAAGCAAGUUCAACCCUGAACUGGGCAAUACGAUUUGGUAUCUGCAAGGGCAUUGCACAAGGCUUGACCUAUCUCCACGAAGAAUCACAAUUACGUAUAAUUCAUCGUGACGUGAAGGCUAGUAAUAUUUUGCUUGACCAUCAAUUUGUCCCUAAAAUAUCAGAUUUUGGUUUGGCUAAGCUAUUUGAUCUGGAAAAAACCCACUUAAGCACAAAUCUUGCUGGGACAAGGGGGUAUUUGGCACCAGAAUAUGCCUGGCGUGGGCACCUCACAGAAAAAGCAGAUGUAUUUGCCUUUGGUAUCGUAGCUCUAGAGAUUGUUAGUGGAAGGUCGAAUUCAGAUUCUAUCAUGGAAACUGAAGAAAAAGAGACAUUUCUACUAGAAUGGGCUUGGAACCUUCACAUGAACAAGAAUGAAAUUGAGUUAUUGGAUUCAAGGCUAGAAGAGUUUGAUGAGGCAGAAGUGAGACGUGUGAUUGGGAUUUCUUUAUUAUGCACACAAUCAUCACCCUUUCUGCGACCAUCCAUGUCUCGAGUAAUGGCAAUGCUUUCAGGUGAUGUUGAAGUUCCCUGCGUAACAUCAAUGCCUGGGUACUUGGGGCUUGCUUUUGAUGAUAUAACUGACCAGAUAAUACAAAAAGUUUAG